AUGGCUAUCCUCAGCACUGAUCUUCUAAUGGCAAUCCUCCAACUUCCCCACUACCUGAAGUGGCCAUUGGUGGGCAUUGCCUUUGGCAUCCUCCUCGCCACCUCCUACAUCAUCCACAACCUCCUCUUCCACUCGCUCCGCGCCGUGCCAGGCCCCAAGCUCUGGGCGGCCACGCAAAUCCCCUACACGCUCGGCUGGCUCUCGGGGCGCCUCCCCUUCGCCAUCCACCAGCUGCACGAGCAGUACGGCGACGUGGUGCGCGUCGCGCCCAACCGCCUCUCCUUCACCCACCCGGACGCCUACCACAGCGUGCGCGGCCACCGCAAGAGCGGCCAGGGCGAGCACGGCAAGGAGCCCGCCUUUUAUGGCAUCUCCAUCAGGAAUAUCCUGGGCGCGUCGCGCGCCGACCAUGCGCGCUACCGCCGGAUUCUGUCGCAUGGCUUCUCGGCGAAGAGCAUGCAGGAUCAGCAGCCGUUGAUUAUGCGGUAUGUGGAGCUGUUGAUGAGGCGGUUGAGGGAGAAGACGAGGGGGGAGGGAGGGAAGCCGCGGGAGGCGGUCGUGGAUUUGGCGGCGUGGUUUAACUUUGCGACGUUUGAUGUGAUUGGGGAUCUGGCAUUUGGGGAGCCGUUUGGGUGUUUGGAGGAGUCCAGGUACCAUCCCUGGGUGGGCGCCAUUCUGCAUGGUGUUGAGCAGUUUGGGAUGAUGGUUGCGGUGCAGUGGUACUUUCCGGGGCUACUGGGAUUCAUCAAGAGGCUUGCUCCGGGACGGUACAUCGGCGUUCAGAUUGACGUGCAGGCUGAGUACGCACGGAAACGGAUCACCGAGAGGUUGGCUCUGGAUACGGACCGGGCGGACUUUGUCCAGGCCAUGACGACGGCCAAGUCGGAGGAUGGUACGAUUCUGACGAUGGAGGAGGUGACGUCCAAUGCGCGGAUGUUGGUACUCGCGGGCAGCGAAACCACGGCCACGGCGCUCUCUGGGGCGGCCUUUUUCUUAGCAACGUACCCCGAGGUGCAGAAGCGGUUAGCUGAGGUGGUUCGGUCGAGCUUUGCCACGGAGGAGGAAAUCGACCUUCUUUCUGUUAACCAGGCGAAUCUGAGGUACAUGCUGGCCGUCUUGGACGAGUCCAUGAGACUAUUCCCGCCUGUUCCGAACGCCCUCCCACGGGCCUGCCAACCGGGAGGGGAUGUGAUUUGCGGCUACCAAGUCCCUGAGGGCACUGGGCUCGACAUCUUGCCCUGGGCCAUGAGUUACAGCACCAGGAACUUCACUAGGCCCAACGAGUUUCUCCCUGAUCGAUGGCUAGAGGAUGAUGGCCCGGGUCAGCAGUUCGACAAACGGAGACACGGGGCUUUCCAGCCAUUUUCGGUCGGAGCACGAAAUUGCAUUGGGAAGAACCUGGCUUACGUCGAGAUGAGGGUCAUCUUGGCGAGGCUGAUCUGGAACUACGACCUCGUUCUCAACGAUCAGAUGUCCGAACGCUUUCUCGACUGCAAGUGUUUUAAUUUGUGGAUAAAGAAACCUCUGAACGUUCGUCUCAUUCCGGCCAGGGAGUAG